UCCCCAUGCAAGUGCUGCACGACCUGCAGGAAGGGACCCUCCUACUCACCUCUGCCUCCCUUCUCUUCUCCCCAGAGCUGCGACUCUGCUGCGGACUCCCAGGCAUGCGGAUUCUGCCUGUCCUCUGUGCUCUGCUCCUCCUGAUGCUCCAGGGAGUGACAGGGCUGUCCCCGGUUCGAGCAUCAGCCCAGGACUGCGAGCGCCGCGGGGGAUUCUGCUCCCACCGCUCCUGCCCGCCGGGGAUCGGCCGCAUCGGCCUCUGCUCCGAGCAGGAAUUCUGCUGUCGGAUGCGCUGGUAUCCCUGAUGGGUUCCUGGAUCCCCGAGCAGGACACCAGCCAGUCGGGACGAUGCUGCCCGGAGGCACCAAGCACUGCCGGGGGCAGCAGCAACCCCGCAGAGACCUGGAUCCCGUGGGAAUCCCAUCCCCCAGUGUCCACAAUACAAGGCGGUGGUAAUUCCCACUGCCAAGAUGUGUA